GAUAUCUCUGUUUUUUGUGUAUAAAGAUCUGAUUUUUUUUUCUGGGUGAAGAGAACCUUCAAAGGAAAUGGCCUCGUCGAGUAUUUUGACUGCUCAAAUAUCAAAUCAACUUGGAACCUCUGAUUGGAAAAAGCCCAUCCCUUCACUCUCUCAUGGUAACUUCAAUUUGAAUAAAAAUCUAGCUGGUAAGCAGUUUUUAUCAGUGUCGACUCCUACGAAAUCCGGGAAGAGCUAUAAAUCUCUACGCGUGUACGGUUUGUUUGGAGGUAAAAAGGAAAAUGGUGAGAAGGGUGAUGAACCUUCCAAGGCAGGAAUUCUUGGAAAUAUGCAAAACCUCUACGAGACAGUGAAGAAAGCACAAAUGGUUGUCCAGGUUGAGGCUGUGCGAGUGCAGAAAGAACUCGCCGCAGCAGAGUUCGAUGGCUACUGUGAAGGUGAGCUCAUAAAGGCAACAUUAUCCGGAAAUCAGCAACCUAUACGCAUAGAGAUUACUGAGGCAGCAAUGGAAUUGGGUGCAGAGAAGCUAUCACUUUUAGUUAAUGAAGCAUACAAGGAUGCACACCAAAAAAGUGUCCAGGCUAUGAAGGAAAGAAUGAGUGACCUUGCACAAAGCUUAGGAAUGCCACAAGGUCUCAGUGAGGGAUUAAAACAACAAUAAUCUCUCAAACAUGCACCAGGAUGGAGCUUGGUGAGGGAUUGAAGCAACGAUGAUCUCUUGACCGGCUCUGGGGUUAGCUCCGAUUUUGCAUACCAACCAAUGGUAGAAAUGCUCGUUUUGUACUUUUUAUUGUGAAUUUGCAUUGUGAGUUUCGUUUCCCUGAUCGAACUCACACUCUGUUCUAAAACGCCUUGAUGUUACAUAAAUUAUCAUCUCUAUUUAGAGUUGAA